GUGCCAAAGAGUAGGAUCAUAGAAGUUCUGAAGUGUGGAAUUUUCGUACACACGUAUAGAUGUUUAAUAAUAAUUUCUCAAUCUCUCUUACUCUCCCGAAAUGUUGUAUAUGAGAUCUAUUUGGAAUUGACACAAAUAACUACCACUAUUUAGGGAACGUGUUUUCUUUAUUUUCUUACUGAAAUAGUGUCUUUUACACAUUUUUUAAUUUUGAAAUUUCGCUGGGUUUCCUUUUACCACGCAAAUAUGCACAAGAAUCGAGCGUGUUGUUAAAGUUCACUUUUUUUCUGGAUUAAUUGUGAAAAAAACUACAAAACGAUAUUCGCAUCGUAAGUUUUAACCGUCAAUAUGGCUGCAUCUCUGUCGGAAUUCUUACAAAUCUUACUGGGUUAAGUUUUUUAAAGGAGCUGGAUUCUCGCAGGAGGUUGCUACUAAACAUGCGGUUGUGUUCUCAAACAAUCGUAUCAAACCAGAUAUGUUACCCGAUUUGGACAAACCUAGCCUCAAAGAAAUGGGUAUUACUUUGAUGGGUGACAGGAUUGCGAUUUUAAGAUACGCCAAGAAAGUCAUUGAGGAAACAACAUGCGAAAGAUUUUUGGUUGACUCAGAAGACACACCACUGACAACUCCAAAAGUUUCCGCAAAACCUGUUGUGAAGAAAAUAGUCAAAGAUAUCGGAAAUAAGACAACAAUUUCAACAACAGUUUCCAAGACAGAUCCCAUAAAGAAGGUAGUGAAAUCUGUACCUGCAAAAAAGAUUGUGACUAUAAAGAAGUCAAUUCCUUUACCAAAUGCCGUCAAUACUGUUAACAAAAAGCAGUCCCCUUUGAAACGUAAAUUAGUAUCUGACGAAGAUUAUGAAGACAACGACGAAGAUAACUGGAAUGUCACAGAAAAGAAACUAAAAGCGACAAACAAUAAUGAAGAUAACGGCUUCGAAUAUUCCGUCACCGUUCCAAAGUCAUCCAGCUUGAGAACUCAAGUAAUUAAAAAACAAUCCGAACAAAAACGAACAGUCUUUGAUAGAUUAGGCGACAGUUCUGUCACAAGCACGACCAAUGUGGUUGACUCGACGCCCACUUUCAAUAUUACCGGCCUCAGCAAGGAUAUAUUCAAGAGACCAUCUAAUGUCUUCAAACGUCUUGGUGACAUAGAUGAUAAAAAGGAUCAUGUAACUACGGCGGGUAUACUCAGGAAUGAAUCCGAUACCAUCAGUACGUCGGGUAUAUUGAAAAAUCAGACGACGAGUGCACGCACGUCAAUCAUAACUACCAAGAGAAUAGUACCGAAAAUGACUGGUACUAUGCACGCUGAUCAUGAACUGAGCAAGAAGGCUACAUUAAACAGCACAAGUCGUAUAUUCAAGUUAAAAAAAGAAAUAACAAAUGACAGCAAACCCACCAGUGAAAAAAGCACCAAACCUAUUAUUGUAUCUGGCAAAUUAGCAUCUGAACGACUUGUUUCCAUACCGGCUAAGGCGCGCCUCGGCACUGCCAAACAAGUUACUUUUAACAAAAUAACAACUGUGAAACACGUCAAGAAACCCAAUGUUUUUAGUCGUCUGGGUGUUUAAGCCAGUGUUAUUUAUUAAGCUAGUCUUUUAUAUCCUUUCUGUAUUACUACUUGCAAACGAGUGAUUUGCGAUAAUGAAUUAAAUUGUUUUUUAUACGACGUCCAGAAUUUUCAACAGGUUGGAGUUUUAUGACGGCGGUUAAGUGCCACUGAAUUCAGUACGUACUAAAUAAAAACGACAUACUUGCAUAUCAUGGUCACAUAAAAGUCAGACAGACAAACAAGAGAAAACUGUUCUUCUUUGACGCCUUUCAACUACUCAGUCCUAACUCAAUGGCACAUACAGAGUUCAUCAAUUAAUGCUAACCAAUUUUUUUUUUUUAUUUAUGUGUAUAAAAAAGGGAAUAUCGCCGAGUAAAAUUACUUGCCAAGCUGUUUGCAAUGUAAGAGUGUUGUAAGUGAAAGGAAAUGGAAAAAAGAACCGUGUAUAAUGUAUAUACGUAUAGAAUAUAUUAAAAAGAGAAUUAUGGACACACGAUUUUAAAUAUCAUUUAUUUCGUAAACUACUUCGUAAGAGAGAAACAUUGCAAAUUGUACAUAUGUUUUAUCACUAUUCGAGAGGUUUUACGAAACAAUGUCAUUUUUAAAAAUUUUUUUUGUUUUUUAAAUUAAUAUAAUUCAACGUUUAUAACAAAGAAUAAAUAAUUGCAAUAUUAUACAUGUGUGAUUCUCUUUUAAACGUGAGAUUAAUACGAUACUCUAGAGCUUUAUAUAAAACCAUAUUUUCUUAUAUAUACUAUAACUAUUCUGUAUU